GUACCAGACGUUUCGACCCUCUCCAUCCUAGACACGGGGCCACCCCCCUCGUCGCCCGCCAUUCCGGACGAUAUCAUGCACACGACGGACCGUUCCAUGGUCAAGCUCCGCAACUAUGCAAAGUCUAUACCCUACUCUGUCGAGCCCAACUCCAGGAUGCAGCAAAUGCUCGACUUCAUUCUGCUCCGCAUCGCGCAGAGUCUUGAGGCCAAGGACUACGAUCCAGGGCUGCUGCAAUGGGACAGCAUGCUGACCUACUGGUGCAUGCUCAAGUACCCCAUACCGAAGGAGAAACGGAUUGCCGUCAUCAAGACUUACCUACAUGUCUGUACCACUCCUGGCAUGCCAAACCAUAUUGUAGCGGCCUGCGCCGACGGGCUGCAGGUCAUGUCGCGGUCCAAGAAGAAGCUGUCCAUAGAGGACGUCAGGCUUCCUUGGAUGCCCAUGUACAAGAUCCUCAGCAAAGACCUGUUCCUGACAAGGCGACAGUAUGAGAUCAGCCAAACCUCAUGGUACAUGGGUUACAUUGCUGAGAACGUUCGCCGUUUCUUUCACCCCGCCGCAAUCGAUGAGAUGCUUUCCACUUUCCUCCCCAUGAUGAACGGACCGAACUUGAACAGCAUCCUCGCCUCCCAAUACUACAUGUUGACUUUCUUGCCCCUAUCACACCCCCAAUCGUAUCUGCCCAUGCUCUUCCGAGUAUGGGAGUCCGUCAACUCCUACAUGUUCGACGACCGCAUGCUACAAUUCCUCUCCAAAUUGGUGGAGAUGCAUGUGGACCCUACCGUAAGUGAUCCUCAGAGAAUUGAAGAGAUACCCGACGACGCGAGGUCAGAAGGGGAGGGUCGGCCAAAGUGGCCCAAGGACGACCUUGAGACCAGGUGGCGCUGGUCAGGUCUGUUCUCCGACAUCGGCAUCUUCUCUGAGACAGAGUGGAACUAUAUCAUGACCAAAUGCAUGGCGUCCAUGGAGAUUCCGUUAGCCGAUUCCGGUUCUCUCACAACCGGACCCAAUGCCGACGGUCAAGCGACCUUUGAGAUGAACCGACUCCCCAAACCAAGCUGGCGUAUUGCAUCACUUGCUCGUAUCGUUGUCUACUCCAUGGCACCGGAUAGCAUGCCAAGCCCUUCUUCGAACGCGCCGACGCCUCUCUUCACGCCGCUGGCAUCCGGAACGAGCACUCCUUUGCCACACCACCAGAACGGUGGACUUGGUGAUUAUCUCUCCGCACCCCUAGGGAAGGGCGGUCGCCUCAAGACCAAGACCUAUCUCGCCGGAUGCAAAGCGUUAGACUCUCUGGCGAAGCUCAUCGCGUCGACAGAGAGCUUCUUCCAUCCAACGAAUUCAGGUAGUUGGACAUCAGAUCUGAGCGCGUUCAUUAAGUACAUCGUCUACGAUUUCAACAAGCGAUGGUACGAGGAGCAGCAGCCUGACUGCAAGACGCCCACGCAUCGGCGUCUCACUCGCGAGAUCAAGCGCGAGCUGGUCAAGUGUUUGAGAACGGUCACACUAUUGGCCAUGUUCUCUCAGGAUAGCGCCACUGUAUCCAACAUCCAGAGCUGCAUGAAGUCAAUGAGUAUCAUGGAGCCUGAUCUCAUACUGCAUCCUAUACUCGAGCGAGCAGUCCCAGCCCUCGAGGCGUUGGUCGAGACGCAUCGCACGACAGCUGUCAUCAAAGCCCUCGGGGCGAUUGCUCCCGCUAUAGUUUGCCGUCACGUAUACUACCCCGGCGCCAAACACCUCAUUCCAAUCCUUGACUUACUACUUCCAGGCAUUGAUCUGAACGACCCUCCGAAGACGUUCUGCACCACAUCUUUCAUUUCCGAAGUCGCCCAGUACAUCAAGUUUGGCGAACUGGCCACUGCCGAUGUUCCCCUUGGUGAUGGCGUCGACGUCAUCCAGCGCAAAUCUACUGACUUGCCCGUGCUCGGAAUCGAACAUUUCCCUGAUGGGGUGGAACAGGGCAGUGAAGAACAGCUUUCGAAGGAAGACGAAGACGUCAUCCUGAGGGAUUCCGCAGGUAGUUUCGCGGACUGGGUGGCAGCUUUCUUGCGCCGGGUCAUCCUGUUGUUUGAGAACCUGCCAGAAGAGGGGCCGGACGGAUCGGCAGGCGGCGCAACCGAAGUGCAACUCGUCGACGCCGUGUCCGGCACGUUCAGCCAGAUCUGUGUGCACUUGUCGGAACCUCUCUACGACAUGGUGCUUGGCUUGGUCUUCGACUAUGCCACCCAGAACGUCCGCUCGAAUGCGGUCCGAGCUAUCCAUCAACUCGUUGAGUGUGUCGCGAACGCGAACCCUGCGAAGACGCUCGACCGUUUCCUUCCCUUCUGCGAACAGAGCAUUCAGACUGAACUAGAGCACGGUGCUAGCUCUAUCAGAAUUACGUCGCAAGGAUCUACGCCCCUCCCGUCUGACGCCACACUUCACUGGAACCUGGCCAUCCUGCGAGGUGCUAUGUACAACGAUGGACGUGUGACGCUGAAGUACAGUGACCGACUGAUCGCACUGUUCCAACUUUUGGAUGAGAAGACGUUCUCAAAGCGCGGCUAUUCCUCCAGCGGCAAACUCCUCUCGAGUACCCUUCUGACCCUCAGUCAUACCUAUCCCCUCGAGAACAAGUUCGUGAAUCCUGACGAGUGGAGUUCCGAAGAAUUCAAGUCGAAUCACCAUACGUAUUGGGGCAAGUUGUACCGUCCCGAGGACGUGAAGCUUUCUUGGCAUGUCCCGACGGACGCGGAGAUCGACUUUGUUCUGCGCAUCUUCAGAGAGGUCGUGGAGCCCAUACUAGACAAACUGCAUGGGCUUCUUGAGCCAGGUAUCGUACGCGACGCGGUAUGGCGCAACGACUUCUGCAGACAUCUGUGCUUCGUUCGCAACGCCUUCUCUGGAAUCCCGACUCUGGCGAAGGAGGUAAUCACCCCUGAAGAACUCCAAGCGGCGAUGGAUUCAAGCGACAUCUUGUUCGAGAUUCCGGAAAUGAUCGCGACCAUAGAGCCGCUCAACUCCGGUUUCGCCCUGUCAGAUCCCGCGGACCCUCGCCACCAGUACAUUACAGGAUUGCGUCGCAAGUUCGGCCAAUUCCUCCACGAGGCCUCCGCAUCGUUGCAGCAGCAGGGCGAGGAGAACACCGUGGAUGCCGUCCACGGCCUGCUGCGGUCAAUCCGCACGUUCUUGCUCGAGUACGGCGAUAGCAGGGACAGCUACUACCUUCAGGCGGAUCGUUAUCAGAGUGAGCUGAACAUCGCACGCCACUACGCUGGUCAGAAGGUUUGGCCCCGAGCACUCUACGUCAGACGCGCUCGGCUGUAUCAUGCGGCUCGUCUUCGGUGGAAUUCCAUCGAGAGGAGACGAGGCCCAUUGGAGGACCAGCUGGUUGACGAUGUGACCCAAUGGUCUAUGUGGACCUUUGCCACUGUCCGGGAGACGAGUCAAGCGCUACUGGAAAGUCUUUGUAACACGUUUGAUGGGGUGAGACGUCGUUGUCUUCCUGCCCUCUACAAAGCGCUGGAGCCGGGAACAGAAGAUGACCGCAUGAAAGGGGCGCUAUGGACUCUCAACCUCUCCGUCUUCUCAAAGUAUGCUAUCAGUGAGCCCACUUUGGCAACCGAGUUCAUCAAGAAGUUGUUCAAAUGCCAGCACAAUGAGAAGGCGUCUAUCCAGGACUGUGUUGCGUCAUUGGCAGAGACGUGCCUGAGCAGUAUGGCAGAGCCAUCUCACAUAGUAUACGAAGUCGAGAACAGCGACCUUGACUCCGCGUUGGCUGAACUGAGGGCUUUAGUCCUGCCGCAGACGUCUCAGGAUGACGGUAUAGCCGCGAAGUGCAAGACGCAACGCAUCGCACACAUUUCUGCAAUUGACCAGGCGCUGUCCAAUACAACGGAUACGCUUCUAGAGAUCGCCGACGAUGCGAAGACACACUGGAGGUAUUCCAUUGUGGCCGUCAGAUGCCUACGCUCCUUGCUCAGGCGUGACGCUCCAAUGAAGUCCGCCCAUGUGCGCUAUCUCCUCGAGAUGACCCACGACUCCAACGCAAGCAUGCGCUACUACUCCCAGCGAGCAGUGAUGAAGAUUUCGCGCUUCAUCAAGUUGCGGUCGCUCGCCCACAGUCCCAUCGACGUCGCGCUCGAGCAGAAUCACAACCCGUUGCGGACGAAAGUACCCGUGAAGGAUCACACACGCGAAUACUCAGAACGCUUGCUUGGCGAAUAUCGGAAGCCUCUAGACUUGAAGUGUGCACAUCAAGAACCGCUCAUCCGCGACAAGGUUGGCUCCGGUUGGGUCGUUUGGGGCAAGUCGGUGGAUUACUUCCUCGCGCCUCAUGCUUCGAAGUCUACCUUCCAGCCCUGGGAUGCUGGUAGCGAAGAUGCCGUUUCGGCGAUCCGCGAGCUAGCGAAGGACGCGUCAUUCUGGAAGGGAUUGUCUACCCAUUACUCGAUGGAGAACACCUCCGACGUCAUCCUCCAGGACAACCUAUGUUGCGUGAAGUCAAUAUUUCAACUGCUUGACGAUGAGCCUUUGGAGGUCCUGAAGCCGAUCGUGGAGGAACUGCUCGCAGACAAGGAUAAGAACAAGCAACGCGCGGCUGCCGAGUUCCUGGCGGGGGUGAUUUCUGGAUCGAAGCAUUGGCCAAUGGAUGCACAGGUCAAGCUUUGGAAGUGGUUCACGCCCCACAUGAAGACCAUUUUCAGCCAGAAGAGCAACGAAUCACUAUCCGUUUGGUCCUCGUUCUUCGAGCAUGUCUUCUACAACAAGGAUCCUCGGCGCCUUCAGCCCAUCGUGGACCAUAUCAUGGAGGCGUUCAAUACCGUCGACUUCAAUGGAGAGUCCACCUUCGAGAUCAUCCAGGUGCUCUGCUUCUUCCGGGCGUUUUACGAGCAGCUUGGCGUCAAGUUCUCGCCGUGGGUCGACGACGUGCUGAAGCGAUGCUGGGCCGAGCUGAAGUGCGAACAUGAAGACGUUCUUGCGUACUUCAGCGAAAUCCUGGCCUUCUGCGGGAAGAUCACGUGGCGCCCGAACCCGUCAUUGCUGACGGCUGAGACGUUCGUUCGCGAAUGUAGAAUCCUCCCUCCAUCAGCGGACAUCAUGGGUAUUCGCGGUGUCUUCUACGAGGAGCGAGUUCAGGAGCUGGUCAAACAGUUCCCAGAAUGGCGCAAGGAGCGAUUGCCCGGUGUGCGCGCGUUCCAGUCGACCUACGACCGUAUCGGUGUGCUUGUCUGCAAGUGGCUGUUCCAGUUGGUUCACGACACGAACGCCGUCUCGGCGUUCGACUGCAUCCUCCCCUUGAUGCCCGAGCUCGUCCGUUUCACCGAAGUCAACGAUAAUGACGAGCUCGCUUACCGUGCCAAGCUGCUCAUGGUUCGCAUGUGCGGCGUCAUAGUCCCUCGCCAGUUUGUUGAACCUCUCCUUGACCGGAUUUUCUCCGCCAUCACCACGUUCCCGUCGUGGAAGGUUCGCCUGAAGAUUCUCCCCCUCGUGCAGGUCUUCUACUUCCGCCAGUCGUUCUUGAUCCACGACGUCAAGCUGGUGGAGCUGAUCGAGGUGGUCUGCAGAUGCUUGGACGAUGAGGUAGUCGAGGUACGGGAGAUGGCUGCAACCACCCUGUCCGGCAUCCUUCGUUUGUCACCGCGCCGCAGCAUCAUUGCUCUGAAGGAUCGGUUCGUGCGCUUGAUCAAGAACGUGAAGCUUCCCCAGGACAGGAAAUCACCGGCAUACAACAUCUCUCUUCGGCAGUUGCACGCUGCUAUUCUCGGCGUCUGCGCUCUCAUUGACAGUUACCCGUAUACCAUUGAGCGGUGGAUGCCGGAGCUCCUUACUAGUGUACUUGCGGAACAUACCUAUGACCCGAUUCCCAUCUCAACGACUGUGCGGAAGUGCGCGAGCACGUUCCGCAAAACGCAUCAAGAUACCUGGCACGAGGACUCCAAGAAGUUCUCUGAGGAGCAACUCGCCGCCCUCUCUACGCUGCUAUCCGGCUCUUCGUAUUACGCAUAAUGACCCCAAUAGACCGCGACCCCCUGGAAUCAUCUACUCGGACUUUUCUUGUUCUACUAGCUCCCCGUUCGCGGGCGUAGUCUGUGCAACCCCGGACUGUAAUGGAUAUGGAUAUGUAC